UUUAGACACGCCCAUUUCUCCGACAUGCAGCAGCUGUCUCUAAAACAAGAAGAAAAGUAGUCACCGCUAGCGCCAUCACACAGCUUUGAGUCUUCUGAGGGUACCUCAGGAAUAGCAAUCGAGCCAGAGUAGGCGAGGGCUUUUCCUCCAAACACACAGGAAUUCACCAACAGUUCAGCUCCUCCCACAACAGUUUAUGAAAGAAAGUUGAAAACAUGACUGAUCCAGAACCCUGCAGAAUAAAACCGGAAGAUACUGAACAACAAAUAGACUUGAUAGAAGAGAACAAGGAGAUUGAAGAACUGAUUAAAGAGGGGGAGAACCAUCAUGUCAAAACUGAAGAAACACUCUGGAAAUCCUCAUUGAUAAGAAGAGACAAAACAUGGCCUGAGUGUGAAAAGAAAGCAGUUAAAAGCAGUAAAAAAAAAUUUAGACCACAUUUCCUGAAGGACCGCCUGAAAGUUCAUACAAAGGACAAGCCUUAUGUAUGUUAUUUAUGUGGAAAGAGUUUUAGUCAGAUGGCUGCUUUAAAGAUACACCAGAAAAGACACAGCGGAGUGAAGGAUCAUGCAUGCUCUGAGUGUGGGAAUACUUUUUUUACGUAUGGUGCGAUGAAAGUGCACCAGACAGUUCACACUACAGAAACACCUUACAAGUGUUCACACUGUGACAAGAGAUUCAAACGGGCAGAAUAUCUGAGGAUACAUGAGAGGAUCCACACUGGAGAGAAGCCGUAUACAUGUGAUCAAUGUGGGAAGAGCUUCAGACUAAAAGAAAUGCUUAAUCAACACAUGAAUAUCCACAGUGGAGGGAAGCCUCACACAUGUGAUCACUGUGGGAAGAAUUUCACACAAAAAGGAAACCUUAUCAAACACAUGAAAAGACACACUGAAGAGAAGCAACACACAUGUGAUCAGUGUGGGAAAACUUUUGUGCAUAAAGGAAACCUUAAAGACCACAUGAGAAUCCACACUGGAGAGAAUCUACAUACGUGUGAUCAGUGUGGGAAAACGUUUGUGUUUAAAGGAAACCUUAAAGACCACAUGAAUAUCCACACCGGAGAGAAGCCAUACACAUGUGAUCAGUGUGGGAAGAGUUUCAGACAAAAAGGAGCUCUUAAUGUACACAUGAGGAUUCACACUGGAGAGAAGCCGUAUGCAUGUGAUCAGUGUGGGAAGAGUUUCAGACUUAAGCAAACUCUUAACGAACACAUGAUGAUCCACACUGGAGAGAAGCCGUAUGCAUGUGAUCAGUGUGGGAAGAGUUUCAGACUUAAGCAAACUCUUAACGAACACAUGAUGAUCCACACUGGAGAGAAGCCGUACACAUGUAAUCAGUGUGGGAAGAGUUUCACACAAAAACAAGCCCUUGAUGUACACAUGAGGAUCCACACUGGUGAGAAGCCGUACACAUGUGAUCAGUGUGGAAAGAGUUUCUCACAAAAAGGAGCCCUUGAUGCACACAUGAGGAUCCACACUGGAGAGAAGCCGUACACAUGUGAUCAGUGUGGGAAGAGUUUCAGACUUAAGCAAACUCAUAAUGAACACAUGAGGAUCCACACUGGAGAGAAGCCGUACACAUGUGAUCAGUGUGGAAAGAGUUUCAGAAAAUGUGAUGUUUUUAAAAAACAUCUGCUUACUCAUUCUAGAGAGAGACUAGAAAACUGUGGCCAAAGCAGAAGAACAUUUCUAAAGGACCGUCUGAAAGCUCAUACAAAGAAGAAGCCUUACAUAUGUUAUUUAUGCGGAAAGAGUUUUAGUCAGAUGGCUGCAUUAAAGAUACACCAGAAAAGACACAUCGGUGUGAAGGAUCAUGCUUGCUCUAAGUGUGGGAAGACUUUUUUUACAUAUGGUGCGAUGAAAGUGCACCAGACAGUUCACACUACAGAAACACCUUACAAGUGCUCACACUGUGACAAGAGAUUCAAACGGUCAGACUACCUGAGAAUACAUGAGAGGAUCCACACUGGAGAGAAGCCAUAUACAUGUGAUCAAUGUGGGAAGAGCUUCAGACUAAAAGAAAUGCUUAAUCGACACAUGGAUAUCCACAAUGGAGAGAAGCCACACACAUGUGAUCAAUGUGGAAAGAAUUUCAAACAAAAAAGAAACCUUAUCAAACACAUGAAAAGACACACUGAAGAGAAGCAACACACAUGUGAUCAGUGCGGGAAGGGUUUCUUAGACAAAGGAAACCUUAAAGACCACAUGAAUAUCCACACUGGAGAGAGGCCACACACAUGUGAUCAGUGUGGCAGGAGUUUCGCACAUAAAGGAAACCUUUUCAAACACAUGAAAAGACACACUGGGGAGAAGCCACACACAUGUGAUCAGUGUGGGAAGAGUUUCGCAGAAAAGGCAACCCUUAAUGAACACAUGAGGAUACACACUGGAGAGAAACCAUACACAUGUGAUCAGUGUGGGAGGAGUUUCACACAAAGAGGAACCCUUGUUGCACACAAGAAAACCCACACUGGAGAGAAAUCAUAUACCUGUGAUCAGUGUGGGAGGAGUUUCACACAAAGAGGAACCCUUAUUGUACACAAGAAAACCCACACUGGAGAGAAGUUAUAUACCUGUGAUCAGUGUGGGAGAAGUUUCACACAAAGAGGAACCCUUAUUCUACACAAGAAAACCCACACUGGAGAGAAGCCAUAUACAUGUGAUCAGUGUGGGAAGAAUUUCAAACGAAAAGAUAGACUUCAUGAUCACAUGAGGAUCCACACUGGAGAGAAGCCGUACACAUGUGAUCAGUGUGGGAGGAGUUUCACACAAAGAGGAAACCUUAUUGCACACAAGAAAACCCACAGUGGAGAGAAGCCAUAUACAUGUGAUCAGUGUGGGAGGAGUUUCAAACGAAAAGAUAGACUUCGUGAUCACAUGAGGAUCCACACUGGAGAGAAGCCGAACACAUGUGAUCAGUGUGGGAGGAGUUUCACACAAAGAGGAACCCUUAUUGCACACAAGAAAACCCACAGUGGAGAGAAGCCAUAUACAUGUGAUCAGUGUGGGAGGAGUUUCAAACGAAAAGAAAGCCUUCAUGAUCACAUGAGGAUCCACACUGGAGAGAAGCCGUACACAUGUGAUCAGUGUGGGAAGAGUUUCAUACGAAGAGUAACCCUUUACAAACACAAGAAAACCCACAGUGGAGUGAAACAGCACCAGACAGUUCACACUACAGAAACACCUUACAAGUGCUCACACUGUGAAAAGAGCUUCAAACGGUCAACACAUCUACAAAUACAUGAGAGGAUCCACACUGGAGAGAAGCCGUAUCACUGCCAUUCAUGUGGGAAGAGAUUCACAAAAUUAUAUUCUUUAAUCUGUCAUAAAUUACAUGUCUGCAUGUCUGAAAUUACAGUAAGUAGAUGAAGUUCUGAUCCUGUACUUCCAGGUGCUAGGUAGGGCUGCAUCAAAUAAUCAGAGAUUAUUAGAACGAUUAAUCAACUAUUCGUUGAUUAUUUCACAGAUUAAUCAGUAUCUUUAUUAAUUAUUUGGCUUGUGGAGUUUAAAAUGUUGAGUUACACCCAUUCUAAAUAAUAAAUAAA